GAAAACAGGUGCAUCUAUCAGGGCCAGGGGAUCAAUAGCUAUAUUCUACCCUGUGAUGAGAUGGAGCAGGACUGUCUUAAUUUCAUGCACACUUUAGUUAUGAAAAAGCUAUUAGGUCACAUCCUUUAUGCCCACAAUAGCCGCUUUCUUGAUCUGGGUUGUGGAACAGGAAUCUGGAUAAUUAAAAUAACAGAAGUAUAUUUAAAUACUUAUAUACUAGAGGUUGAUAUAUUAGUAAUACAGCCAGACUUUUAUCCGCAGAACUGUGUCUUCAAAGUUUCUUUUAAUUAUAAACAUUUCUAG